AUGGACGUGGUACCUGCUACACAUCACGGGAAACUUGACAAAAGAAACCCGGUGAUUUCAGCGUUCGAACGAGACGUGAACUCGUUUAUGACGCUGAUGAGACGAGUUUCUUCAGACACACGCGACAGCAACGGCUCUUUCGCUAAAGGGAUUAAAAUCUUGGUGGACAUAUGGGGAAAGUACAAACGUCGACUGCCUUCAAAGUUCUACCAGGAGCGAAUGAUGCAGGUUGCAGAUUUUCUCUUUGGAAUAAAGGUGUAUGAAGUGGCACUGUGGCAGGGCUACAGCCUCCACCUGCUGCAGUACAGCUCAGUGGCCAUAACUGACAUCACAAGCGUGGACCACUUCAUGGCCUGUUUCUUCCCUGAAGGAUUUGACACAGACGAAGAUGAGUUUGCCAUGAAGUUUCGUGCCAUGCACAGCUCUGCACUGUGUAUCUUUAAGAUGGAGGAAAGGCACGGCGUCCUCAGUCAGGACGGGUCCUCUCGACUGCUGUGUGUGCUGAACUUCCUCAGGAUCACGAUGCAGGCGCUUCAGCAACAUGAACACCUCUGCUGGCAAAUCUAUAACGGUACAUUACACAUCUACACCAUCUGUCGUUAUUUGAUGACCAAGAAUUGUAGUGCACAGGCUCUGGAGUACCUUCUGUGGGCAAGCAUCAGUUUCGAACUGUCCAUUCCUCUGAUGACUGCUAACAAUUUGCCAUGGAUUGUCACGCUCUACUGUGCUGUCUGCCACUGUUACUAUGACAACCAGGCCUUAGUGCAGGCAGAGGAAUUUGCCAGGAGAGCCCUCGGGAAAAUCAAUGAGCUCGCAAAGCUGGAGGAGCAGAGUGAAAUUCCUGCCACCAGAGAGACCCAGAGAGCUUAUAAAGAAGCCUCCAUCAAGCUCGGUGCCAUGAUGUUCAAGCGGACAGUGUAUGAGGCCAGAAGAAGACCCAAAGCUCUGGUCAAAGUCAAGACUAAAAACACCCUCAGAGACAUACCUAAUGUGUCAUGGCCUCGCACUGCAACAGAGCGCACCCUGGUGGCCCUGUUUGACUGCCGGGCAGCUCAGUUCUUGGGCGUCUUAGAAGCACUUUGGGACAGCACAAGACAGCCGCUGCAGACGAGGAUGCCAGACGAACCAGAGCUUCAGGAAGUGAUCCUGGAACUCCUCUCUGCUGGCAUCAGCAUCUUAUCUGGAGUCACAACUAACAGUGAGCAAAGACCUGAUGACCUCCCAAAACUUUGUCUUAGCACUCUGACACCAACAUCCUCUCUAAUAGAUUUAGCCAUUAAUGGGGAAAACAAAGUAGCCAUCAUGUCUGGGGUGAGGUUUAUUAAACUGUUGUUUCAGUACAAGCAGCCAAACACCUUUACUGAACUUGCCAAAGAGAUGCUGCAGGUUUUGUCUGGUGUGGAAGGUCUGGCGUUCAGGAAGGCAGAGAUUGAACUGGCUUUACUUGACAGAUGCAACAGUGUGCUGUCUUCACAGAGGAGCCUUCCUAAAGACAACAACACGAGUGCCGACAGACACAAGUCUCCAUCCUCACAGAGUGAUGAGUACAUCUGCCUGACAGCUUUCCUGCACACGUCAGUGUGUGACUCUGCCCCUGAGUCGCAGCCGGACAAGGACCUGGUUUUGGAUGUUGUGUUAUUUCUCUGGGGUAAAGUGAAGGUGGUGUUACAGAGAGAUAACAUGAAAAAUCCAGAGUUUUCACACUAUCGUGAGAAGGUAGAUGCAUACGACAAGUGGCUGUGGUGUUUGUAUAGACUGUGUGAGGUGGCCUUUGCCUAUGACCUGGCUACUAUGGACUGCACAGUGGUGACAGAGAUGAUCCACACGUUGGUCAUUUGGCUAGAAUGUGUCGCUGAACACGCCAAUCAAACACAACAUCCAGCAGCUCCUGAGGCAGUUUAUGAUGGACAGACGGGGAGAUCUUUCUCUCUUCUUCAGAGCUCCAGCACAGAUUUGCUACAGAAGGUGUUUGAGGUCACGAGGAGAGGUCUUCAUGCUCUGGAAAAGGGUGUUGCUACACUGCUGCCCAGAGACUCCUCAGCAAUCACAGACUCUGCCUUCAUGCAGAAAUGUUGUCCCCAUCCUCCGUCGACUCCCUCCCUGUCUUCUCCAACAUCAUCUGAAGAUGGACGUGAGGAUGAUGGAAUAAGUAAAAAGGAAAAAGAGGAAAUGCAAACUACAACAGAAAGAGUUAAAGACUCCAGAGACAAACAAUCCACAUGUGCAUAUAUGUGGGUUUUAGAUCUUCAUUUUGAAAUAAACAUCAUCCGCCACAGGGCGUCUCUCAAGUUAUUGCAGCUAAAUGCAGUUGCCGAGUCUGACCUGUUGGAUCAGAUGAAGAAGAACAAGGUGUCCAGAGCUCUUUUCCUCAUCCAGAAAGCAUCGCUGGUGUUCAACACCAUGGAAACAAAUAAAAGCAGCAAAACCAAGAGUCUGCUAAAGGAGGCUUCGUCUCUGAUAGAAAAAGCAGAAGUUGAGGAGAAAAGACUGUAUCACUCCACCAUCUCAAGGACUGCAGCUGAAAAUAAAGAUAAAGAAAUGAAGGAGGAAGUAGAAAACCCUCCACCUCCCCCCAUCCUGCUCUCACGCACUGACCACUCCUUAACCUUUGCCCCAGCGCCUUAUAAUCAGGAGAAACAAGUGUGCUGGUACCAACUGUGCGGCCGUGCAGCUGAGGGCCUUAAUCAGAAAGUUCGACUUGGAGAUUGCAGCCUGCCAGGAACUGAGAAUAUGGUACCAGCAGUGUCUGGGAAAUGUGUGCUGACAGUGGAGGGGCUUGUGCCCAACCAGAAAUACGUGUUUGCUGUUGCAGCUUACAACAACCAGGGCAAGCUACUGGGCAAUGCCAUUGGACGGACGACGUUCCCACUGCUGGCAUCCAUGCCCGUGCCUCUGCUUUCCACGUGGGCUCACUUGGCUCAGGUGUCUUUUCAAACACAGCAGCAUUCCUUAGCAAAGAGAGCCUGCAAGGAACUGUGGAACCACAUUACAUGCCCUGACCCGUGCUCAGACAGUACACACGACACACUCGCCACCACCAGGCUGAAUGAACAGACCCUUCAACACUCCUCUCCUCACUUGCGUCAGUUGCUCCUGACUUCCAUCUUCAUUGAGACAGAGAUCAACGUUCAGCAGAGUUCUCUCUACUGUGACUCAUUCAGUGAAAAUGGACCGUUCAUAUGGGAGCAGGAAGCCAGAUUGUCAGAGUGUGAGCGACUACUGGUAGCGCUGGACUUGUCAAUGUUUUUAAAUGACGAUGCUGCUGCUGUGCAGGCUGUAGUGAGCUGUUAUGGUCUUCUAGUUCCUCUAAUCUUCCACCAGAUUCCCUGCAAGCCUGUGAUACAAGUGCUGAAGAAAUGCUUGAUGGUUUUGGAGGCGAAUUCAGAUCUUCUCAAACAAAAACGGGCCGGAAACGUCUCAGAAUCAUUAAUGCACAUGAUCGCCUGCAUGACGUACUAUAUCACAAAGACGUCACGAGUGCUGGGUCAGUAUCAGCUGGCUCUGGCUCUGAUGGAUUGUGGUCGUAGGCUGCUCCAGGACGUCUAUGAGGCCCAGCUACAGAUCACCACAACUGUCAAUGAAGCUACGGCAGAUCAUGCUGCAGCCAAGUGUGGAAUGAAGAUAAGUCUUCAGCUGAAGGCGUUGCAGGCCAAGAACAAGAAAAGACUCACACCUGAAGCAGCUGCCGCCACAGGAAAGGAGAUUCCUCGUCCACUGACCGGCUGUGAGGAUCCAACCCUUCUGUAUGAUCUGAUUCACAGUAGCACAUUACAGGAUGUCUAUGACAACGUAAUGAAACUCCGGAGAAAAGCAUAUUUCACAGAGUAUGCAGCGCUUCUUCUUAAGAGAACCAUGGAGGAAGGCGACCCAGACCGGGUCCUAAAGUGGGGCCAAAAUAUAUUAGAAUUUCUUUCCAGGCGUGACGCCUCGACGAUGCUGUCCUUAAGAUGUACGGAGAGUCACAGUCACAGUGUUCAGGCUUCAGAAGAAAAUGAACCACCUCAGAAGAAGAACACACCAUCUACUGAUGACACAAGAAAAAAGAUCAAGCAGAAAAUCCCAUACAGCAGAAUCCUGAGUGUGACAAUGAACAGGGAGACGCAGACUGUGAAGAAGCUGUACGCCAUGAUGUCGUCUGUGGCCCAACGCCACAAGAAGCAGCGUCAGAUGAGGGAAGUGUGCUGUGAGGAGAGAGUGUGGAAGUCACAUCUGAACUUCAGCAUCGCUCAAGCACAUAUAGCGUUGCUUUAUCAGGGCCUGAACCAGCUGCAUGGAGGAGUCACACGACAGCAUCACAGGUACAGCCAGAUAACUCCCGUUUGUUUCUCUCUGGCCUACUCUGGUGUCCUGGUACGGAAGAAAAAGGAGCAACAGCUGUCUUCUAAAUGCGAGGUGGUCUUGGAGAGAGACUCCUCUAGGAACCAUGUGGCUGUAAAAGAAGAUGCAGUUAGACUUGAUAACUCCAUCACUGAGGAGAGCUGUGAGGAGGGAGAGGAGCCCUCUAAAGCCAGGGAACAGCAGGUUGAUGAGAACAGUCACACAGCUUCUCUGAUGCUGGACUCACUCAACAAAGCUGCUUUACAUUUCCACAGGGCCAUGGUGUUGGCUCAUCGUGGCAGUCACUGGACCACUCUGCAGUGUGUGUGUCAAACUGUGUGGGAACAAAGCUGCAGAAUUCAGACCACCCUUCACCUCCAUCCUGACUUCCCCCUGACAGCAGAAUGGCUACAAACAACCUUCACCCGCCUACUGUCUGUGGCUACAGACCUAACCAUGGACAUGCUGAACAAACUAGGGCUGUGGAGUUUGUAUGACACUGAAUUAACUGAGGAGCUGGAGUCCAGUCUCCACUUCUCUGCGUCACUGGAUGACAGCACUCAGGUGGACCUGCGCUGGGUUCGUACCUUGGUGUUACAAACUCUGGAGCAGCUCCAUCAUAGUGGCAAAUGGGAAUGCCUGGCCCACAUUGCCUUACUUUUCAAUUCCUACACACGGGAACGUUAUGCCUUGGUCAUAACUCCUCUUCUUAUCCAUGCUCAGAAGAGGCUGCUGGAAAGGGUUAGUUGUUUUGAAGGACCUGCAGUUCCGCAGCCACAUCAUGUAAAGACACAGAAAGUCACUGGCAAAGAGGUGACUGACAGGACGUAUGCAGGUUGCCAGCUGCUGUGUGCAGGGUCUCCUCACAACGCUCAGAAACCACACAUUCACAAACGUACACACUCCACUCCUCAAGAUGCAGCUGAACUUAAAGGUGCAGAAAUACAGCUCUCCAUGUCACUAGUGUGUGUUCCUCUGGAUGUAGAAGACACACUGAGGUGUUACCGUCAAGCUCUGGAGAGACGACCACACUGUAUUCAGGUUCUCCAGCGUAGUCGCUCACUGCUGUCGCUGCUUCUGGCACACACACAGCCCUGCUUUGCAGCUCACUGUCAUUCUGCAAGCAUGGAAGACUCAAGUCUCAUUCCCACCCCAAACAUCUGUGAUCUGACAGAGGAGGACUUCUGCUCUCCAAACGCUCUCUUCAGCCUCCCUAUCAGCAAUGACCACAUACCGACCAUCACUGCUGCCUUCUCUACCACCGUUAGGUUGCUCCAGGCCAACAUUCAUGGAUCCCUCAGAGUUCAGGCGCUGCAUGAAUUGGGAAACCUUCAUUUCUACAAUGGAAACAUACGAGCAGCUCACUCGUGCUGGAGUAAAGCUGUAGACUGUGCAUUACAGAGCUCACGAGCUGUAGAGAAAUGGGACGGGGCGUCAUUUGGAAGCAGCUCCCUGAAACAUACUCUGAAACAGGCUGGCAUGUGGGGAUGUCUCCAGGCUGCUGGGCUCACUGCUAAGAUUGCACUACAUGUCUUUACUUCCAAUGUCAGCCAACGAACCAAGUGCUGUCUUCUUUCUGCUUUCCUCUUUAAGUGUGUGCUUUGCUGCUCGUUGGCUCAACCUGAAGAUGACCUACGCUAUGCUUCCCAUAGUAUUGGAGAGGAACUGCUCCCUGGACUCGACCUUUUCUCUGACCCUCACCGGGCUCCUGUUGGUACCACUGUGAGCAGCCUGAACUUCAUCUGCCACUGGCUUUUCACCACAGGUUAUUUUGUCAAGCUGUUGCCCGUACUAGCUCUUUAUUUGCAUUUUGUGGGGGCCAUUUGUAGAGAUGUGCAUCGAUAUGUUGAAGGCAAAAUACUCAAGAUCCGUGCCCUCACUGAGCUGUGUCUGUUCUCUGAAGCUGUGAAGGAGGCAGGACAACUCACAAAAGGAAUCGGUGUCCCUCUGCCCAGUGGACACCAAGACAAUCACCAACAGCCUGUGAAGAUGUUCUACAGUAACAAGUCUCUGCUGGACAAUGCUGAGGCUGUGGAAGAACUUGUGAACUGUGACUUUGCUCCAGCGGUCCAGAUGUUGUGUGGACCCACAUUAUGCCUCAGAUACAACCUGGCUCGAAUUCAACUUAUCCUUGCCCUGAGUAACACCGUACAUGGCCCUGCAGUGACAGACUGUCGACGACUUGCAGACGAUCCCAGCAUGAGACGUUGUUUGGUAAACUCAGAAAACCGUGACGUGGACAGACUGGACACUGAGUGUCCCUGUCUCAUGACAGAGGAGACAAAAGUGCUGAGUCUUGGUACAAAGACGCAGCUCACUCCACAAAGCAUGAAGUUUCUUUUGUUAGAAGGAGUCUCCUCCUUGUUGCAUUCCAUAUCAGAGCAGCUCACAGCUCUGUGCUGUAGUAAAAUGGAGAACCUGGAACUGACGAUAUUGUCCAAUCUUCAUAAGACCAACCUCUACCUGCAGCAAGGACAUGUUGCUCUAGGCUGUGAGAUGGCAGUUUCAUCCAUGAUGCUGCUGCAGACGUCUCCUGUGAUCAUGGGAGGAUCCACAGCAGACGCUCAGAGGCCUGUGACUGAGCUCCUGCAUUACCAGACCACAAAAGAGCAGGACUUGAACGAUUGCAUUGUGUCAGUCGCGCCACAUGAAGACUGUACAAGAGCAGUGGAGGCGAGUGAGAGAAUUGGAGUUUGUCUGUGGCUGCGCUGUCGUCUGGCUCUGGUCCACAGUUUGACUGCACACUGUGGCACAACUGCACCUUUUUCAGGUAAGAACAUUAAUGAUGAGGCGGCUCGGGUGUUGCAGGAAGGACUUAAAGAAUGUGAAUUAUUUGAAGACUUCAAUAUUGGAGCCAUAUUCAUGGUUGAAGCUGCAGAACUGGAAGCACGGAGAGGAAACACUGACAAAAGCAUGUCAAUGCUUCAGGAAGCAGUGAGUGUUCUGUCAGAACAGACUUGUAUACCGUCACGGUCCAAUGUGACUCUUUUGAAGGCUACUUUGCUUCUUAGCAACCUGAGAAGAGAACAGAGUUCACCACUUCUACAACUGACACAGAAACUUCUGCAAAAGCAGCUGUGUCUGUUUGGUGAGCGUGUGGUUUUGAUUGAUGGAGAAGUGUCCUUUAUUCCUCCUGGACCCAGAAACAUCUAUCUUCCAUACUUUAGAAUGCUGGAGCAAACCGCUCUGUGACUCAGAAAAUAAAAAAUGCAUUUUGUAUGAA